GUAUAAGUUAAUGUAUUUACUAGCAUGAACAAAUAUUGAACAAUACAUUUACUACAGUACUGUUACUUGUUUAAUUACAAUUAAUCUCUUUGCUGUAGUGUUGUCCUCUAGUAGGCCUUCUGUUAUAGCUUAUCUGGACUGUUCAUGGCACUAUAUCGAGCGCAAAGUGAGAGGCGGUGCUUUACAUUCAGCAUCAGGAGCAGAAGCCCAUCAUCAUCAUCAGACAUUCAAUCAAAGCCACCUCACCAUGAUCAUCAUCCACGAGGACACACUCAGAUCAGUCAUGGUCACACUGCUUUCAUCUGCAGGAAUAUCGAGAAAAACUCACAUUAACGCGAUGACUUUUGGGAGAGAGUUAUUCAUGGAGUUUAUUUUCGACGUCUAAGGUAAGUUUGGAGCGUUAAAAUGAGGAUUUAUCAACGCGAAGAAGACAAAAAACCUCAGUUAUCUCUCUCACUUUACAAAAAGCGCGCGGAAUGAGGGGCGCGUGCCAGAACUUGAGGAAAACUUUACUGGCACGCGAGAGUUGAUGAAUCUGCUUGUGGAUAAAUGGUGUCCACUGAUGCCAGGAUGAGGGUGUGUAACCGUGGAGUGCAGAUGCUCCUCACCACGGCGGGGGCUUUCGCGGCCUUCAGCCUCAUGACCAUCGCGGUGGGCACCGAUUACUGGCUGUACUCGCGCGGAGUCUGCAGGACCAAGAGUGUCAACGACAACGACACCAACCGCAAGAAUGAGGAGGUGCUGACGCAUUCAGGACUCUGGAGACAGUGCUGCAUGGAAGGCAUAUUUAAGGGCGUCUGUAAAAACAUCGACCAUUUUCCAGAGGACGCGGAUUAUGAACAAGAUGCUGCGGAAUAUCUGUUGCGUGCUGUGCGCGCUUCUAGUCUCUUCCCUAUAAUGAGUGUGGGUCUGCUGUUCAUUGGUGGAGUGUGUGUCGCUGCCAGCGAGUUUUACAAGAGCAGACACAACGUCAUCCUCAGCGCUGGGAUCUUUUUUGUCUCAGCUGGCCUCAGCAACAUCAUUGGCAUUAUUGUGUACAUCUCCUCCAGCGCCGGCGACCCCAACCAGAGCGAGUCCAAGCGCAGCCACUGGUACGGCUGGAGCUUCUACUGCGGUGCUCUUUCCUUCAUCAUAGCGGAGACGGUGGGCGUCCUGACCGUGCACCUGUUCAUCGACACGCACCGGGUGCUCAGAGCGCGGGCCCAUCGCUCGCUACAAACCAGCACGCAUUCACUACAGCAUCGCCGCUCCUUCAGCUACCGCUCGCGCUACCGCUGGAGGCAAGGCCCAAACCGCUCAUCUGACUCCCGGUCGCGUGAACCCUCUCCCGCCCGUCAGGGGAACGACCUCGGCCUGUACGCGCUGGGACGAACACUUCCACCAACAGCUGCUCACCCACUCGCGCACAACUCCCUCAGCUCUAGCCACGGCUUCGCACACUUUCAUAACUCUGUCAUUGCUAAUAACAGCUUUGCUAACCCUCAAACAUUCCCAAUGCAGAACUCUGUGAAGUCAGAAAGAGGGCUUCCGCACAUACAGAACUCGCUGGGUCCAGAGAAAGGCUUUGUGGUUCCUAAUGCGCAAAAUUCAGUCAAGGCGGAAAACGGAGUCUUGCUGUCGCAGAACUAUAAGCGCAACUCAGUAAGUACCGGUAAAAGUGUAGCGCAUCUGCCGAAUUCGGGGAAUGAUGUUGCACACAUGCAAAACUCUUUUAAAGAGUCAUUGUUUGUGCCUCAAAGUGGCACUGCGACAAGAAGAACAACACCAGUGUAAAAAGAAAAGAUUGAAAGGGAUAGUUCUGAUUCAAAAUAAAUAAAUAGAUAUGCUGUUCAUUUACUCAUCUCAGGGAAUCCAAGAUGCUAAUGACUUUUGUAAGUUAAAUAUUAAAGGUACACUCCACUUUUUAAAAAAAAUAGGCUCAUUUUAUAAGUCAUGAAGUAUUCAUUCAAUAAUUGUCUUUCAGUUUCGUCCUUUUAUUCAUCAUUCCACAACGGAAUGAACCGCCAACUUAUCCAGCAUAUGUUUUACACAGUGGAUGCCCUUCC